GCAGCGAAAACAAAAUACAUCGAUUCCCACCCGCUCUCGUUCCACAUUUUAAAAAUAGUUAAAACUUACGCGAGAUGGAAAAUCUUAUGUUGAGGCGAGCAGAAGCGGAAGUAGGUGGGCUCCCCUCCGCUAGCUUGGUGGAAGUCGUGUUGACGUCUCAAGUUAGCAAGAGCAGUUCAACUCCACUGAGCGACAAACAUGGCCAACAAUUGCAUGGACGCGUUUAUUCUGAAGCUGCAAGAUGUGAACGCGGUCAAGUUUGGCGAGUAUAAGCUCAAGAGUGGCUUGAUGACGCCCAUUUACAUCGACCUGAGGGUCCUCGUGUCCCACCCGGCUCUCUUGAACCAGGUGUCAAAGCUCAUGUACCAAAGAGCUCAAGAUGAGAGUCUGCAGUUUGACUCGGUAUGUGGUGUUCCCUACACUGCCUUGCCCAUGGCCACCAUUAUCUGCUCCACACAUGAGCUGCCCAUGCUCAUCAGGCGCAAGGAGGCCAAGGACUAUGGAACCAAGCGUCUGGUGGAGGGCUCGUAUAAAGAGGGAGAUACGUGCCUCAUCAUUGAAGACACGGUGACCAGUGGCAGCAGCAUCUUGGAAACGGCUGAAGUGCUGCACAAAGAAGGACUGAAGGUGACAGAUGCCAUCGUGCUGAUGGAUCGCGAGCAAGGCGCGGUGGACAUGCUGGCUUCCAAGGGCAUCCGGCUCCAUCCCAUCAUCUCCAUGUUCAAGCUGCUCGAUGUGCUCAAAGCCGCCGAGCGCAUCGACGCGCACACCGCCCAGAGCGUUCGCAAGUUCAUCCUGGACAACAACACCUUCAGCGUCAAGGAGGAGAAUGGAAAUGAUGACCCGGCAUCGAAGAAGCAACGUUUGGAACGCGGCUUGGAGCUGAGCUAUGAAGCCAGAGCCAAACUGCCAAAUGUUCACCCUCUGGCGUCGAAGCUACUGACCGUCAUGGCGGAGAAGCGGUCCAACCUUUGCCUGUCUGCGGACGUCACGAGCGGCGAGGACCUGCUGCAGCUCGCAGACGCUCUGGGUCCGAAGAUUUGCGUAUUGAAGACCCACGUCGAUAUCUUGAAGGACUACACUGAGGCUUUCAGCCAGAAGCUGCAGGCCGUCGCUGAGAAGCACAACUUCCUGAUCUUCGAAGAUCGCAAGUUCGCCGACAUUGGGAACACGGUCAAGCAUCAAUAUGAAGGUGGUUUGUACCGCAUCUCGUCGUGGUCCCACAUCGUGAACGCUCACCCGGUGCCAGGAUCCGGCGUUGUGAGGGGCCUGGCGUCUGUCGGGCGGUCCCUGGGCCGAGGCUGUCUGCUCAUCGCGCAGAUGAGCUCGCAAGGCUCGCUGGCGACCGGCGAGUACACCGAGGCUACGGUCAAAAUGGCCGAGGAGCAUUUUGACUUUGUCAUCGGCUUCAUCUGCGGCUCGAAGAUCACAAAGAGGCCCGAGUUCAUCCACAUGACCCCCGGAGUGCGAAUGCAGGCUGGAGGAGAUGUCCUAGGCCAACAGUACAACACCCCAGAGGAGGUAAUCUACAACAAGGGCUCUGAUGUCAUCAUUGUUGGACGCGGGAUCCUGGAGGCCUCCGAUAGGCUGGCCGCUGCCGAGGCUUACAGGAAGUCCGGCUGGGAGGCGUACACACGGAGGACGGGGACGAGUGAGCAAUAGGAGCUCAACUCAAGGGAUUUCGUUUUCACUUU